UACGAUUUGUUUACGGACUAUGGCUGCCUCGCUGCAAGCUAGCGGGGAGACUUCGCUGCUGGUGGAAUAAUGGAAGACAAUGAUGAUGAAGAUGCAAAGCUUGAAGAAGAAAUAGAAGCUGAGCUGGAUAAAAUCAGCCUUUCCUCCUUGGAAAAAGAAGAAUUUGAGAGUGAUUCAAAGUCAGAAACCCAGAGCGAUGACAGUGAUAUUAGUGAAGAUGAGUUACCAGAGUCAGUUAUUCACUGUAUUAAUGCCAUAAAGAACACAAGUAAAACUGUUGAAGAGCUCAUUGUUCAGGAUUUAGAAGACACUGAUAGCUUAAGCAGUAAUUAUGGAGCAGUUUCUAAUAAUCAUAUGCAAUUAAGGAUGGGAUUAUUAACAAAAUGUAAAGAAAAUCCAGAGCAGUUAUUGAAGAUAUUAUCAGGAAUAGAAAAAGAAGACCUUAUAAGAAGUGAAACCCCCUGUGCUAAUCCUGGUUCUCCUCCUGAGCUUGGUCUUCAUGAUUUUUCCAUGGAUGAAUAUGUCUUCUCAGAUGAUGUAGAUAUAAACUUUGGAUACUUUGAAGUGGAAGAGAGAUGUAGGCAGUCUUUUGAAGCUUGGCAAGACAAGCAGAAAGAGCUAGAAGACAAAGACCAAGAAACUCUCAAAGCGCAGAGGGCUAGAGAAGAAAAGCAAUUUCAAGAAGAAGAAGAAAAGAGAAACUGCUGGAUGAAACAAUUCAAAGUUGAAAAGAAAAAACUAGAGAAUCUUCAAAAGCAAGAAGAGGACAAGAUGAACGAUGAGCUCCAUAAGGAAGAGGAACUUUGGAAAGAGAAGUUUAGACAGCAUGAGGAAUUCAUUAAAAGCUUGCAUUUACAAAUGGAAGAAGAAAGAACAAGGUUUAAAGACCUACAGGAAAAAGAGGAAAUGCGUUUGUUAGAACUUCAGCAUAAUGCAGCCAUAAAAAUUCAAGCUAAAUACAAGGCGUUUGUAACCUACCAAAAAUAUGCCCCAAUCAUAAGAGAACAAAUAGAAACUAAGAAAAGGAAAGCACAAGAAUGGAAAGAAAAAGAAGCAAAAAUACGACAGAAGGUAGAAGAAAAACAGAAAAGUUUAGAAGAGGAGCAAAGGAUAGCAGAGGAGAUUAACAAGAAAAAGCAAGAGGAAAGGAAAAGGAGAGAAAGAGAAUAUGAAGAGAAAAAGAAUAUCCUACGACAAGAAAGAGAGAAACUGUUAAACAAAGAAAAAUUACAAUUAAGAGAAAAUACAACCCAACAGCUAACAAUGAGUAGUACAUUAAAGAAGGGAGAAAAUAAUGCCAAACAUUUAACUAUUAAAAAUACAUCAAAGAGUAAGAGUGAUGCAGUGAAAAUAUCAGUGGAUAAGAACUUAAAGAUGCCGGAAGAUGUUUCACUUUGUUUAGUUGAGGAAUCAAAUCAGAGACAAAAUAGAGAUAGACAGCUUGUAUUGAAGGAAUCAACACAAGUACAAUUAAAAUCAAACCAAACAAGUUCAGUGGACAUAAAAAUGGAAGGAAAAAGUGAAAGCCUAGGAGAAAAACAAAGUUCUGAAAAAUCAGUGAAACGAGAAAUAAAAGAUGAAAACAUAGACAAAGAAACUAAAUUUGAAAACUCAGGCCAAAACCUUUUGGUGGAAUUAAAAAUGGAAGAACAAAGUGACAGCCUAGGGAAUAAACAAAGUUCUGAGAAAGUGAAGCAAGAAAUAAAAGAGGAAAACAUAGACAAAGAAACUAAAUUUAAAAAUUCAGGUCUAAAAGAAAAUGUACAUAAACAAGAAUUAAAGUCUCAGAUGCCAAAAGAGGAAAGUGUGGAACAUGCCAUGAGUGAGAAUGUGAGACAGGAAAUUCAAGUAAUAGUAGGUCAUAAUCACGAAAGGAGUGAGGUAAAAAAUGAAGCACAGAAAAACAUCAAAGAUAAUCAACAGAAAGCGGUACAAAGCAGAGCAAAUGGGACAGCCGAACAGAAUGGAUCAUUGAAUGAAGAGAACAGUACUUCAGUUAUUUCAAAGAAACAAAAACUACUACCAAUAAAAUUAGAAAAUUCUGAAGCUGUACUACUACAAGAAAAAGUAAUCGAUUUAAAAUCCAAAGAAAUGGAAAAUAAGCCACAAGAAAAUGCUCUAAAUGGUGACAUUGUAAUUUUUCACACUACUGAUGCCAUCGUAAAUAUAGAAGGCAAAAUGGACAAACAGGAUGUUUUUGAGAGACCUGCUCCUUGUGAAGACGUGGGUGGUUACAAUGCAAGAAGUUCCUUGGUUACUAAAGAAGUAAACUCCCUUAACUAUGAUCCUAAAGAAAUUCCCGAAGAAUGCCAAGAAAAUAGGGGGAGAUCUGAAAGUAUCACGACCUACGCUAUACCAGAGUCAACACUGUUAUCUUCUAUUGAGGGAAAAAGGCUAGCUUGGAUAAAAUCAUUUAAACCUUGGUUUGAAAUUUGCAAGCAAAAUGAACAAAAGAAAAUUGUUAAAAGAAAGAGAGUUGUAAAAUGCCCAGUCAAUAGUAUGCCCCCUUUGAAUACAGCAGACAUUCUUCGUUGUGGCUCUUGGAAUAAUUUACAGCAGGUGACAACUGUUACAUUUCAAGAUUUGCCCGGUUGUAGUCUCUCCACUUUAGCCGAGUGUGUGAACCUUCGGUUUCUCUCCCUCAGACGCUGUGGAUUAAAAUCUUUGCACAGUUUGAGCAACUGCAAACACCUUAAAUACAUUGACGCACAGGAAAACCAUAUUGAGACUAUCAAUUGUGAACAAUUGGAAAAUCUCUGUGUAGUUCUUCUUAAUAAAAAUCAACUGACUUCUUUUCAUGGUUUGGAUGGCUGCACUAAUAUCCAAAAUCUUGAGCUUUCACAUAAUAAAAUCACUCGAAUUGGUGGUUUAGAAUCUUUGAAAAAUCUUCAGCAACUAAUUGUGGACCACAAUCAAUUAAUUAGUACAAAAGGUCUUUGUGAUACACCUACCAUUAUAUAUUUGGAUUGCUCAUAUAAUAAUCUUACUGAUGUUGAGGGCAUUGAAAAUUGUGGAUUGCUUCAAGUAUUGAAGUUACAGGGAAAUUAUCUAAGUAAGCUUCCAUCCUUGGGAAAUCAUGUUCUACUAAGAGAAUUACAUUUGGAUGAUAACAGUAUAUCAACUGUGGAAGGAUUUUCUUCAUAUUGGCUGCCUUUACUACAAAAUCUGACUAUCUCUCAGAACAGUUUGACAAAAAUUGUACCGCUUUUUCAUUUUAUUUCUUUGGAAAAACUAGAUAUCAGCAAUAAUUGUCUUUCUGAUCUUAAAAAUGCCAUGAAAUGGUUUGAUGGAUGCUAUUCUCUCCGUGAACUGUCUCUCAUGGGAAACCCACUUCUUCAAGAAAUAAACUGGAGAGCUUUGCAGUUUUCCUCAAAGUUAAACUUUUGCUCAAAAGUCCAUGAUGUCCCUGUGACCAUCAGCAGCCUUUCAAAAAGAAAUGAGCGUUGUCCUUGUGAAAGGUUUGGGCAUUCUCUACUUAAAACGUUACCUGCUCUGAGAAUCAUCAAUGGGGAUAUGAUAAGCUCUUACUCAGAUAUCCACACUGAGGAACACAGUCCUCUGGAAGCAGGACAAUUCCUGGUACUUUGUCAGACCCAGAUUCGAGAACUCAAGUUACUAGUGGAAAACCACAUCACCAGAAAAGGGGAUGUUUUCACCUUGGAUAGAGCAGAAAAUUUCCAUCAUUAUUUUAAGGAACUGAUGACACUUAGUACUGAAUACAGAUAUGCACAUGAGCAUGGGGGUGUGAGCAUCACCAAGAAAGAUGAAUCAAGCACUCUGCAAAACCGUUUGGCCCCUCCAUACGAUAAGAGCACACUGCAGAACGAGGCCUUCCCUCCUUGUGCAAAUGGACUUAGUGCGGACUCACCAAAUACUUCUGAGAAAUCGAUGGACCCUGGUUUUAGUCACUCCCCAUUGAGCCACUCCCCUGUAUGUAAAGGUUUAGAAGAAAGAAAUCAGGAAAAAUUAGCAUGCCAGGAGAGACAAGACACUAAGACCGGAAGUAUUACCACCGAAAGGACACCAUUGGUGAAAAUAAUGACGAAUUCUCUGCUGAGGAAUAGCCAAAAUAUUGAACACAGUGAAAAAAGUAUGGCAGCUGUGGUGAUCCAGGCAUACUGGCGUGGUUAUGUUGUGCGCAGACAGAUCAAUUUCUCUCCAAGGAUACAUACUGUUACAACAGAACGCCUGUCAAAUUCCUUCAAUAAUCAAACUUUUCUAAUGAAAGAAGGAAGAAAAAAUAUUAUGAAUGUCCAUGAACAGAAAGAGAAGGCUGCUGUUCUUAUUCAGGCAGUUUGGAAGGGAUUUAUUUUGCGAAAGAAACUGACAAUAGCCCUAGAUGCUAUCAAGGACGAAGAAUCUGAAGAAGAAUAUGAAGAAAUAGAUUUAAAUGAUUUUACCUUCGAUGAAGCUGCCGUAGAGAGAGAAUGGCUAGCUUUGGAUUCCACCCGCUUCCCUUCACAAACACUGCUACUCUCCAACCAGCUGCACCGGCCAAAGAUCCCUGGAACCUUGACAUAUGAUGAUACUUCACUUAACAUACCAAGCCAUCCAGCUCAAGCAUGGCUAUGUAAUGAGAAAGAAAAUUUGUUUUCAUCAGAACACACACAAUUAAGUAGCAGAUCAGAAAAUAGAACAUUGCCCUGGACACCUGAAUCAAAGACCAGUAGGAAGAGUUUACUAAAAUCUGAAAAAGAAGAAAAAAUUUCAGAAGAAUGGGGUUUUAAGGAUAUUUCUACUGCUCAGCAAAUGCUGAAGAGGGCACAUAAAAUGAAAUCAAAGAAAUUAAAGAAAAACUUAGAUCCUACUGUGCGCCUAGCAGUAUUCAAAAACAGCGAACAUAAAGUUUCUCUUACAAAGUCACCAAAGAAGGCACAUUCCAGAAGACAUGGUCACUCUGAAGGUAAGGAAGAAGACUUAAUCUACAAAGACACCACUGCAAAUGAAAAAUGGGAACGGAGCAAAGCAUACACUUACCAGUGGCUUCACACACAGGUUGGGGUUCAUGAAACAGCUAGUUCCAGAAAUAUGAAAAGUCACUUCUUGCCUGAGUUAGAUCCAGAUGUUCUUAACGGUGGAAGAGUUCAACUUGUGGCAAGACUUGUAAGCAGAGAAGACACGGAUUUAGACCUUUUUUCCAUGACCAGUGGAAGUGAUUUGUCUGUGAACAGAGAAAAAAAGAGUCAGGCACACAGACACUCAGCGGGAUCUUCAAGAAAAGAUCAGAAAAUUCUGCCAUCUUUGAGAAAUGACAGCUAUUUUAUGAAAUCAAGUGGAAUUUUAAAAAGUUUGAAGUGAUUCUAAAUCCCAAACUCCUAUUAAAUGGAUCUGGAUUAACAAUAUUUGACUCUAUUUACUAGCUGGUACUAUAAUCUCAAUACAUUUUCAAAGACAAAGAAAAUUUUCUUAUUGAGAAGCUCGUCAACAUUUCACAGGAUGGCAUUUUAAAAUAAUCUAUAGCUUAAUCAUUGGAUGUAAAUUUCUUAAAAUGCAACUACUUUUAAAUUAAGGAUUAAAGAUAUAAAAAAGGGAAGUAGGUAAGACUUCCAGGUACAAAGCAAUUUAAUAAAUUGCCCUGAAAAUAAUUACUAAAUUCAUAUAAUAUUUUGAUGGAAUAAACAAAGGAAUAUAGUGUUAAACUUACCACUUUAAGAGAAAUUUCUGUCUUCCAUUUAUUGGACUCUGAAAUGUGGCACUGAUUUUAAAUCUGAUUAAUUCUUAUAAAACUAAUUAGAAAACCAAGAUGAUAGGAUACAAGUAUAACACUGCAUCUUUUGCAGAGAGUUCUAGUUUAUUAAUCCGCAAAAUUGUGAGGACACAAAAGAGUUAUGUUUUUUGAAGAUAAAGCUAAUAAUACCUUUGCUCCCACUUCACCAAAUUGUGUCUUUAAAAUUGUUUGAGGCCAUUUUAUUCAAUAUACACUUACUGACAAUCUAAUAUACACUAGGCACUAUUCUACAUUAUAGGUAUAAGUUCAUUUAAAAAUUCAAAUUCUAAACUUUUAAAAGUAUCAUUCUCCUUAUCUUAUAAUUAUACUUAAUACAGUUUAUUAUAUUGCAAUUUCUAAGUAGAGCUUCAAUUUCAUUUUAAAAUAUUAAAUCAUUUAGUGGCAUUUUAAAAAGAUAAGCAAUAUCUUUUCUGUGAAAAAAUGUUCUUUCUGAAGGCAUUAAUAAUGAACUCUAACCAAUGCAAAAGCAUUAAUGAAUUGCAGUGUAAUUUUUAAGGUAGAAAGACAUUCAUUUGUGUUCAACAGCUGUCUCUUUCCAUAUGUAUAGUAAGAAAAAUUGAUUAGGUAAGAAUGUUAUAUACUCUCCAAAGAAACCAUCAUAAACUUAAGCACUAGUUCACUGUGACCCAUCCUCCGUACCAACGUAUCUUGUAAGUCAGGUUUGAGCAACUACACAGUGUACUGUAUCCCUAAGAAUAUUCCAGACUAGACUAUCCACAGGUAAGCUAUCCAGCACUCUAAAAAGUAGGUGGCCUGAUGUCUUGCUAUAGUUCAGGUAAUGGACAAGCAGUUGUUCAGAAUCAUCUAAGGAAUCUUUGUCAAUACAAAGAAUGCAGAGAUGUCAUACUUUUCAGCCAGAACCGUAAAGUUUUUGCUGCAAUGUUCUAACAAUAAAAGAUGAGAAAAAUCUUAAUUUUGUGACAUUUUUAUAUUAUCAGGUGUCUUCUUUAAACCAUAAGUUUCUAAUUUUACAUAAACUACCAGACCAAAACCCCUAAAUAGAUAGCACACAAAGGCACAGAGAGUGAACUUUGCCUUUCAAAUUCUUAGAACAUUACCAUUGAACUAUAAGUACAAAUUAAUUUAGAAAUAUAGUAAUCAUUGAUGCUUUAUUGGUAGACUCACCUAUCCACUUUAUCAUCUUGUUUCUCUCCAAGCAUUCUGCCACCUGCUCCUUACAUACAUCUCCUUUAACAUUUCCCUUUUUUCAAAACUGCAAGUUCUCUGACUAGAAUUUACUCUUCUGAGAGUUCCUACUGGCCCCUUACCUUUCAUCAUUUAAAUUUACAAGUAAACUAUCCCCUCACCGGGUGUUAAAGACACUGUACAUUUAGCUUAAUUUUCUGCUGCACAUAGUGUUUAAAAUGUGAAUGCAUUAUGUUUACUCAUGACUCUGCUUGAAUUUUUUUAUUGUGGAUUAGAACUGCAUUUUAAAAAGUGUGCAUGCAAAUUUGAUUCAGUUGCCUACUAAUUAGCUCACAUAGUAGUUUUACUUCUACUUGGCACUUACAAAAUCCAGAUACUCAUAUAAUUCAUCAUCUUUAGAUAUCAUCUUAAAGAAAAUGUUAUAUGGUAGUUUCUUUAUAUGUGUCUAUUUCUGCAAAGUUCAAAGGAGUCUAUACUCUUAAUGUUAUUAAAGUAUAUGUGUACAUGACACAGCCAAAGCCUCUCAAAUAUGGUAAUAUUCUGAUGUUUACAGAGUCUUUGAAGGGAAAACAGAAAGUUAGUGAGACAAAUAAUGUGAAAGUCUGAAAAUCUUUUGAUAAGAUAAUUAUUAAAAGUUUAAAGAUAGUUUUGGUGCUCGAAAAUAGAAAGAUAGACACAUAAUGUGAAAGACACAGAAGUAUUUUUCUGUUCUAUUUUCUCAUUUAUGAAAAAUUAGUACAUUUUAUAUGUUUUUCUGUUUUAUAAGCUUCAUUUCCAAUUAAUUGAGAAGUCUUUCCAAAUUCCAGAGCCAUGAAAAAGACCUUCAUCUCACAUUUGCUUUUCUAGUGAUUUUAUUUAUGAUAUUUAUGGUACUAUUAUAGUAGAGGCAUACUUUAUUAAUGAAUAUUAAAUAAGAUAUUGACUUCUUUAAGAUAAACCCUACUCAAAUGUAAACCUACAGUUUGAUUGGAUUACUAUUCUUUGGCUUUGGGCAGAUGAUUUAACAUCACUGUCUGACUUUCCUCAUUUUUAAAAUUAGGGCAGUGAUAUGUAUCACACAGAUUGGUAUUAACCACGAAAGGCAUGGUGAAGGUCAACUGGAAGCUGGAGACUGCAACAUAGUGGGUUCUUAAGUCUCUGCUGUCCCUUGAAUGUGACAUUUUUCAAUAAAAUUUGAUGAGUGAAUUGGUGUUGAUAAAGAAUUCAAAAGCAAAUACGAUGAGAAAAUAUGAGCAAUAUACAAACUAUUAUUUUAGUAGAUUUGAUAAUUUUAAAAUUAUGUUUUUGUUGGUAAAUGUGCAUCAGAGUAAUAUAAUUAAUUACUUAACAUAUUUAAGUGCUUAUGUAAGUGUGGUUUUCUACCUGCAAAAUCUUCUGUUAAAAUAAUUGCUUGAUAUUAUCUAUUCCAAAAAUUGUGAAAUUUUAUUGUAGGAGUCAAAAUUGACUUUUGCCUUUCUCAUUAAAAAGAUUCAAAUUUGCCUA